GCCGAGGCCAGCAGCGGCCAGGCGACCGCGACCACCAAGAACGCCGCCGCCGCCGUCGAGCUCAUCCUCUUCAUGGCCGGGCCGCUCUUUCCUGCAUGCAACGACCUCUUUUGAAAUACAUCUUGGUUUCAGAUGGUGGCCAAUUCAUCGCAUUAUAUUGCCAUGCUGCAGGUCGAGACCUUCACAUCACACCCCGGCACAGAACCGUUUGCAUCAGAUUCUGACGUGACCUUCUGCUUGCUGCUGUUGCUCGUCGCAGCAGCACAAUCCGGUGGCACGUCAGGCUCGUUGAAUCGCCCAUCGCAUGGGCCGUUGUGCAGGCACAAUUUGGAAAGCAACAAUGCCCCUGCAGCCUCAGAUGAACAGGCAAUUUAUUAUGAUUCCUUGGUCAAAUGCUUGCUAGUUGUUGCAGCUGAUGGAGAUGGCUGUUCUAAUUUCCAGAUAGUUAUCAUUCCUGCUAUGCAUGCAUGCUAAGAGUAUUUUACACGAUCCCUUCAUCUAGUUGCUCCCAUUUUUUUAAUUGCGUAUGACGUCUUUAGCAGCUCUCCCCGUGCCGGCUGCUUGUGUUGACCAAAUAAUAUGGCAUUAUGCUUCUGAAUUAUGCAAUGGAUCUUUGCCACUAUCA